CGCCGCGUCUAAGACAUUACAAUGAUGAGGUGUUUCCAAAGUUGAUAAUAUUGAAACAGAGCCCACGAACGGACGGACUACGUCGUGGCGUGUGACUUGCGUCAAUGCAACCGAGUUUUGGCGAGAAACCGAUGGUUGGAAAGAAAGUUGGCAAACAAGCUUCGAAGGGAAAGAAGGCAAAUGAUUCAGUUAGAAUUCGUUUGCAGGAUGAGGUGGACGGUGUUUUUGCUCACUAGUAGUGUCUUGGCGUGUUUCACUCUCACCGUGGCAGAUCAAUAUUAUGCUCAGUCCUUUGCUGCCCCGUAUACACCUCAGUAUGCUCUUCGUCGACAAGGCUUUGACUUAUUUGGCGAUGGUGGUUCGUUGGGAAUCAUUGGUGUAGGAGCCAUUGCGGCAAUUAUUGCUGGAUGUGUUGCAGUAGUACAAGCUGCUAAUGCCAGGACGACGAUCCAAAAUGAUAUCAAUACCCUCUCGACAAGGGCCAACACCCUUCAGACGUCAGCAGAGGCAGUGACAAACACUUUAAUGACUGCUCAAGCCGAUGCCACAACCAACAACGCCGAAGCUAAUGCCGUUUGUAAUUUUCUAAGUACCGUGGCGAUGGUGACCACCAUGACCGGCAGUACUGCGGACAAUUUGGCUGCUAUUAAUUCGAUUUUAGAUGCUGCAAUGGCUGUCACCUGCGAACCAUAAUUCAUUGCUUACACUUUUAGCUACUUAUCGUAUACUUGUUUAUAUUUUGUCCUUAUGCUGUUUUUGUCUUAUGUUGAAAUCACUAAUGCCUAUAAAUAGACACCGGAUUUGAAAUUGA